AUGGAGGAUCUGGUCAAGCAUCUCUCCAGGUGUCAGCACAUGGGCUGGAUGAACGUGAUUGAGCUGAAGAGCGCCUCCAUCCAUUGGCUGUCGUGCGGUCGGAGGGCGGAGCCUGACGUCUGGAAUAAAAUGUUCUGCAUCCUGUCUGAUGCUCAACUACUGAUGCUGAACAACCUGGAGGUCCACCCUCUGCUCCUGGCAGAGAAGGCGGAGACUUGUGCCAUCUGGUUGCUAAAAUACACCCUCCAUGUGACAUCAGCGCCUUCUGGCCCCGCCCACAAAGAUGCUUCAGAGGGAGGAGUCCGCCGACAGAGCAUGCCCAGUAGCCCCGAGAAUACGCCCACCACCAGAGUGACGGGUUUCUUCUCCCGCAGGCUGAAGCAGUCUCUGCGUCGAACUCGCUCUCAGCCCAAACUGUGUCGACCCAGCAGCCUGAGGGGCGAACUGCUGAACCCCUCCGACUCCAGGUGUGUGAUGCGCCGGCUGCGUUGUGGUAGCCAGGAGUCGUUGCUAAGCGCUGGUUGUGUGUCGUCUCUGGAACUCAGGAUGGACCAAUCAGUGAUCAUCAAACCAGUGCACUCUUCCCUGCUGGGACAGGACUACUGCUUCGAGGUAACGACAACAACGGGAACAAAGUGUUUCUCGUGUCGUUCGGCGGCAGAGAGAGAUAAGUGGAUGGAGAACCUGCGCAGAGCCGUGCACCCCAACAAAGACAACAGCAGGAGGCUGGAAAACGUGCUGACGGCCUGGGUGAUCGAAGCCAAAGACCUGCCUGCUAAGAAAAGGUACUUCUGUGAGUUGUGUCUUGACGACAGUCUUUAUGCUCGGACGUCGUGUAAACUGAAGACCGACAACAUAUUUUGGGGCGAGCGUUUCGACUUCAGCAGUCUGCCGUCUAUCAGCGCCGUCACGCUCCACCUGUACAAAGACACCGACAGGAAGAGGAAGAAGGACAAGAGCAGCUACGUCGGAUUGGUCAACAUCCCCGUCGCCAUGGUGACCGGCAGACAGCUGGUGGAGAAGUGGUACUCGGUGAGCACGCCAAGUACGAUCCGGGGUAAGUCGUCUGUGCCGACGGUGCGUAUCAAAGCGCGGUACCAGAGCAUCGUCAUCCUGCCGAUGGAGCAGUACAAAGAGUUUGCAGAGUACAUCAGCUCCAACUACCUGCUGCUGUGCAACACGCUAGAGGCGUCCAUCAGCCUGAGAGCCAAGGAAGAGCUUGCCGCCGCGCUCGUGCACAUCCUGCACAGCACCGGGAAGGCCAAGGACUUCCUCACCGACCUGAUGAUGUCAGAGGUGGACCGUUGCCGUGACAACGACCAGCUGAUCUUCAGAGAGAACACGUUGGCGACGAAGAGCAUUGAAGAAUACCUGAAGCUGAUUGGACAGAAGUACCUGCAGGAUGCCCUCGGGGAGUUCAUUAAAGCUCUGUACGAGUCAGAUGAGAACUGUGAGGUUGACCCUUCUCGCUGUGCGACCUCUGACCUCGCCGAGCAUCAGGCCAACCUGAGGAUGUGCUGCGAACUAGCCUUUUGCAAGAUCCUCGACUCGUACAGGGUCUUCCCCCGCGAGCUGAAGGAGGUGUUCGCGUCAUGGCGACAGGAGUGCAGUAACCGGGGGAGACCGGACAUCAGCGAGCGUCUCAUCAGCGCCUCGCUGUUCCUGCGCUUCCUGUGUCCAGCUGUGAUGUCACCGUCGCUGUUCGACCUGAUGCAGGAAUACCCCGACGAACGCUCGGCGAGGACUCUGACCCUCAUCGCUAAAGUCAUCCAGAACCUCGCCAACUUUAGCAAGUUUGGGACUAAAGAGGAGUACAUGCUGUUUAUGAACGACUUUGUGGAGCGGCAGUGGAGCAGCAUGCAGCGCUUCCUGCAGGAGAUCUCAAACCCAGACGGACUGAACCACACCGCCGGCUUCGACGGGUACAUCGACCUCGGCCGAGAGCUGUCCAGUCUGCACACCCUGCUGAGCGAGCUCGACCAGUCGUGCCUGUCGAAGCUUGGUCCUCUGCCUCGGAUCCUCAGAGAAGUGUCGGCGGCUCUGGCUAACCCUGGGGGUGUGGCUUACCCGGGGGGCGUGUCCGUUUCCUCUCCAGAGCCUCAGCGCAUGGUGUCUCCGCCCCCUCUGUCCCCGCCCCCUCUGUCCCCGCCCCUCUCCCCUCCUCUGGCGACGUGUAAUCCCUCCAUCGGCCUGCAGGGCGGCGGCGGCGGACUGGACGGAGGUUUGGUAGAUUUCACCAGACUUCCCUCUCCGACUCCGGAGAACAAAGACUUGUUCUUCGUCACCAAAGGAUCCAGUCUGCAGCCCGCAUCAGGCCUGCAGGGCUCUCCGGUGCCAAGCUCGUCGUACUCUGAGCCCAAUGAGAACGAGGCGGCGUUUGAGAUGACGAACGGGGGCCGGAGGGAGGGGCCGGACCUGACCAAUGAGAGCCGCAGCCUGUCUCUGGUCGACCUGCAGGACUCCUCCCCCAGCGACGGCCUUGACGACAGCCAAUGGCAGCGUAGGACAGGGCUCCUCCCCCUGUCCUUCCAGAACCCUGUGUAUCACAUGACCGCCACGUCGCCACGGCAACCACAGCAGGCGACGGACGCCACACCCUCUGACGGCUCGGCGGGGUCACAGGGAAAUGUCGACGACGGACGGAUGAACGCCAUGGCAACCAAACCGGCGUUUCUUACCCAGAUGUCUGUGGGGCUGGGAGGGGGGGAGAGGGGGGAGAGGAUGUCGGCCAUGUCGAGCAGCAGCAGUGGAGAGGAAUACUCGAGGCGAGCGCUGUCCCUGUCCGACACCCUCACAGGUAGCUCCGCACCCCCUCGUCAAUCCUCAGGUCCUCAGAGACGCAUCGACCAGCCCCCCCCCCCCUCCUCCGCUCCCCCAGGACCUCCUCGUGGCCGGACUCCUCCCAGCAUGAUCAGCGGUGGUGGCGGAGGCCCGGCCUACCCUCCUCGCCCCGCCUCCGGCAGCAUGAUGUCAUCGAGCCCCGAUUGGCCGAGCAGCAGCCAGUCGCGGCUCAGACAGACGUCGUCGUCGUCUAAAGGAGACAGCCCCGAGAAACAGCGGCCCGCUGCCAAGGCUCCCUCCCCCUGUGCGUUGGACCGGACCGCUGCCUGGCUGCUCAACAUGAACUCUGCGGCGUCCUACGGCGAGGCGGAGGAGGAUCGUCAUGACGAUGCCCUCGUGGAGAAGUACCAGCAGGAGAUUGCGUUGCUGCAGGAGAAGUUGAGAGUUGCAGCGAUGCGGCAGGACGAGUGUGAAGCUCGUCUGCAGGUCCAGGAUCAGCAAAACCAGCGCAUGUUGCAGGAGUACCAGGUGCGUCUGGAGGACACAGAGAGCAGACUCAGGAGGCUGCAGGACGAUAAAGAUCUCCAGAUGAACAGCAUCAUCAGCAGGUUGAUGGCAGUGGAGGAGGAGCUGAAGAAGGAUCACUCUGACAUGCAGGCUGUGGUCGACUCCAAACAGAAGAUCAUCGAGGCUCAGGAGAAGAGGAUCUCGAGUCUCGAUGCAGCGAACACGCGUCUGAUGGCGGCGCUGACUCAGCUGAAAGAGCGCUAUGCUGUGACGUCACAGAGGAAUGGCCUGUCUCCUAGCAACACGUCGUCUCUGCAGAUCACUGAGAACGGAGAGUUCCGGAACUCCGGGAACUGCUGAGCGACUGGCCACUGCGCUCGGAUUGGCUCUGACUGCACGCAGGGGGCGGGGCUUACCCAUUAACAACAGACCUGUCAACUGACCUGACUUCCCCCCCGUUGCUAGGUUACCCCUCACUUCCUGUUUUUGUUUUGCAUGUUUCCUUUUUGAACAUCUUACGAAGUCUGACAUCAUAUCCUGUUUCCUUUGCUGUUGAGAGCCGGAAACUUCCAACAAACUGCACGUCUUUAUUAUCGCUCAACCCCACCUGUGCGUGGCUCUGGUCUACAGAACAACAAUAUCAAGCUUUGGUCCACUUGUAACUUUGUCUGUGUAUGGCUCUGGCGUUUGUUUAAAGAGAAGGCACAUCGACAGUUUGAAUAUAUUCAUAAUUUUUUAUGAUUAGAUUUUGUCUUAGCGCGACAGACACUUUAGUCUCGGCCAUGAUGUCCAGGUUAGCCUAGCUUAGCACAAAGACUGGAAGCAGUGGGAAGCUGUUAUCCUAGCUCAACGUGUUGGCCACUCUGGGCUUCCGUAGUUCAGUUCGUGUUUCAGAGAAUUUACUGAUUUUAAUGUAAACAUCAGAUUUUACUGUAAAACAGGAAAAACUUUCAAUUGUGAUGAAUAGUUUGUGAACACACACGUCUGCUGUCCUGAACUCUGCUGAACUUUUUGGACUCAACUGGACUCUGCUGUGUUCACUGUAGCUUCAGUCUCUGUUCUUGUUAUUUAUCAACAGUAUUUAUAAAGAGAUGCUCCAAUAAACGAUUACACUAUCAAA